UCGGCUGCAGCGGCAGCUGCUCGCUGAAUGGAGGACGCGGAAGAAGUGCAGAUUUGGGCGCCGAUUCUUGCUGACCCGCUCGAUUGGCCUCCAUCUUCAGUUACCAUCCCUCUUCCAAGUCAGGUGGAAGAAUAUUGCAGUUAUGUGUAUGGCGUCGAUGGCAUGGGAAUCAGCAAAUUUGCACCAGAGCCCAAAGAUGAUUUGGGAGACCUCAUAGUAAAGCAAAAUUGGUGGCAUCGCCUUCGAGGUCCUCGCAAGAGGAGGAUAUUUCCUUGGGGAAGCGGGGGCAUGAAUUUUCACCGUCGAAAGAACAAUGAGCAUUGGACACAUGAAGAAGUGAAGAAGCUGGUUAAGGGUGUCAAGACAUAUGGUGCCGGGCGAUGGACUAUGGUGAAGAAUCGUUACUUCUCAUCAUCGAUUCGAGACCCAGCACAUCUCAAGGACAAAUGGAGGAAUCUUCUGAGAGCUUGUGGGGUCCCGUGCAGCUCUCAAAGGAAGGAAAAGGCACAAAAGACUAUGUUCCGGCCCUUAGAUACAGAGUUGAUCCAACAGAUCCAAGAGUUGGCCAUCGAUUCAGCCUCCACAUCAAAAAUGAAGAAACACCGUGGGAAAGGAACAACUAGCUGAGAAUGACAACAAAAUGAUGGUUGCGGCCUUAUAAGCUUACUUAGGUUAGCAACAUCUAAAUGUGUUACUUCUGUUGAAACUUGAAAUCGGAAAUAUGUGCAUACAUUAUGUAAGAAAAGCCAGUGAAACCGGCCGGCUUUUGUGCAUCUAUAUAUACCGUAGCUAAAAAUUGUGCACUGUAUAAAUUCUGUGUGGUCGGUGCUCUAGCAGAUUCCAAACUUCUUGUUUCGUU